ACGUCUCGGCGUGGAAUGAUAUCCACCUAACAUUUCAGAAAAUAGCACAGUUGGAACAAAAUGGCUAAUAUUCUAAGUGGAAAGGAUGUUUCAGAGGAAAUAAGAGCAAAACUCAAGUCAGAUAUUGAAAGCUACAAGAAGAUUAAACCCGGUUUUCUACCAGGACUAGCUGUUGUACAGGUAGGGGAUAGAGAAGAUUCUAAUGUGUACAUUAAGCAGAAGCUCAAAAAUGCAGAAACAGUUGGAGUAAAUGCCACCCAUGCCAAACUUCCACAGACAGCUACACAGACAGAGGUUCUUCAAACUGUGGAGAAAUUUAACACUGAUCCAAGUAUACAUGGAAUUGUUGUUCAGUUGCCCUUGGAUUCUGUAAAUGAAAUAGAUUCACACUUGGUCACCAAUGCCAUUAAACCAGAGAAGGAUGUUGACGGACUACAUGAGUCCAAUGCUGGAAAACUGGCCAGAGGUGACCUUCAGGAGUGUAUAUUUCCUUGUACUCCAAGGGGAUGUCUAGAGCUUAUUAAAAAAUCUGGUGUGUCGGUGGCGGGUAAAACUGCCGUGGUUCUGGGGCGCAGUAAGAUUGUAGGGUCCCCUAUGGCAGACCUCUUAAAAUGGAACCAUGCUACCGUGACAGUGUGCCACUCCAAGACACAGAAUCUGCCAGAUAUUGUGAAAACAGCAGACAUUUUAGUGGCUGCCGUGGGAAAAGCAGAGUUUGUGAAAGGGGAUUGGGUGAAACCUGGAGCUGUCGUCAUAGAUUGUGGCAUCAAUUCCAUUCCAGAUGACACAAAGAAGUCUGGGAAACGUUUGGUCGGUGAUGUGGCCUUUGAGGAGGUUAAAAGUGUUGCCUCCUGGAUCACCCCUGUCCCUGGGGGUGUGGGACCAAUGACUGUGGCUAUGUUACUGCAGAACACUUUUGAGCAGGCCAAGAGAAUGGUGGAGAGAUCAGGGGGUAAUGGUGUGUGGAAUUUACAGUUGCUGCCCUUGAACUGCAAAACUCCAGUUCCAAGUGACCUUGAAGUUGCCCAGUCACAGACUCCAAAGAAUGUGGAACUUAUAGCAAAGGAGAUUGCCCUCCUCCCACAAGAGGUGGACUUGUAUGGGAAGAAGAAAGCCAAAGUCUCCUUGGAUGUCCUCAAAAGGCUACAGGGACAGAAAGAUGGCAGAUACAUUGUUGUUACAGGUAUAACACCAACACCACUUGGUGAGGGCAAAAGUACAACCACCAUUGGUCUGGCUCAGGCAUUAGGAGCAGCACUGAAGAAGAAUGUGUUUGCUUGUGUCAGGCAGCCUUCCCAGGGGCCAACAUUUGGCAUUAAAGGUGGCGCUGCAGGUGGGGGGUAUUCACAGGUCAUUCCAAUGGAGGAGUUCAACUUGCAUCUGACAGGAGAUAUUCAUGCCAUCACAGCAGCCAAUAAUCUAUUGGCAGCUCAGAUUGAGGCUCGUAUGUUUCAUGAGAGCACACAGAAAGACGAGGACUUGUAUCGCAGACUUGUUCCCGAUAACAAAGGAAAACGUGCCUUCUCCAAAAUCCAGCUUUCCAGGCUACAGAAACUUGGAAUUGCCAAAACAGACCCUAAUGAACUAACCCCAGAAGAAAUCAACAAGUUUGUGCGGCUUGACCUUGAUCCAGCCACCAUUACAUGGCAGAGAGUGAUGGAUACAAAUGACCGGUUCCUGAGAAAAAUAACAGUUGGUCAAGGGCCACUGGAGAAAGGUCACACCCGAGAGUGUCAGUUUGAUAUCACUGUAGCCAGUGAAAUCAUGGCAAUCCUUGCACUGACAACAGGCCUGCAAGACAUGAGAGAGAGGCUAGGGAAAAUGGUGGUAGGAACCAGCAAAGCAGGGGUACCAGUCACAGCAGAUGACUUGGGUGUAAGUGGGGCAUUAGCUGUAUUGAUGAAGGAUGCCAUCCGACCAAAUCUUAUGCAAACACUGGAGGGAACUCCAGUCUUUGUACAUGCAGGACCUUUUGCCAAUAUUGCUCAUGGAAAUUCAUCAAUCAUUGCAGACAAAAUAGCUCUUAAACUUGUGGGAGAAAAUGGAUUUGUUGUAACUGAGGCCGGUUUUGGUGCUGACAUUGGAAUGGAGAAAUUCUUCAACAUCAAGUGCAGGACCUCUGGGCUGGUCCCCAAUGCUGUGGUGCUGGUGGCGACAGUGAGAGCACUCAAAAUGCAUGGGGGUGGCCCCACAGUCACUGCAGGAGUACCACUGCCCAAAGCUUACACAGAAGAGAAUCUUGAGCUUCUGGAGAAAGGUUGUUCAAAUCUGAGAAAGCAGAUAGAAAAUGCCAACAAAUUUGGAGUGCCAGUUGUUGUGGCCAUUAAUUCAUUUGUCACUGAUUCCCCAGCUGAAGUAGAGCUGGUGAAAUCGUUUGCCAAGAAGAAUGGAGCAUACAAUGCUGUGAUUUGCAGUCAUUGGGCAAAAGGUGGCGCUGGUGCUGCAGACCUAGCAAAAGCUGUGGAGACAGCCACCAGUCAACCAAGCAACUUCAGGUUCCUCUAUGAUGUCAAGUUAACAAUAGAGGAGAAGAUAGAGACAAUCUGUAAAGAGAUUUACGGGGCUGACGGGAUCGAGGUGCUGCCUCUGGCACAGGAGCAGAUUAACAGAUAUAAGAGCCAGGGCUUUAAUGAUUUGCCAAUUUGCAUGGCCAAAACUCACUUAUCCUUAUCACAUGACCCUACCAGGAAAGGAGAACCAAAAGGGUUUGUGGUUCCAAUCCGAGAAGUUAGAGCCAGUAUUGGAGCAGGCUUUAUUUUCCCACUCCUUGGAACGAUGACAACUAUGCCUGGACUACCCACACGUCCAUGCUUCUACGACAUCGAUAUUGACCCCGAGACUGAGGAAAUUGUUGGUCUGUCUUAGAUGGACGAAGCACACUUUUUUGAGUGACUUAAAAAAAAAAUUGCUGUCAGAUUCAAAAGGGUAACUUAGAGAGCAGAUUGACAUAAUUAAAAAUAACCAAACAAAAAUUAACUUGUGAUUUAUAAUAAAAGUACAUCAUUUAAUCAAGAAGACAUUUUAUAAUCUGUAUCAUCAAUAUAUUUCUAGUCUGUUUUUCAUCACUGGUGAUACAUGUAGUUGCUUACUGUGUGUCCAUCAUUAAUGUCAUGCUGUUUUAUUCCACUACAAUCAUAAAAAAAAUCGAGUUAAUGAGUAUUAUUUUUUGUUAUAAUUAGUAUGCUUUGUUAUAAUGAAAUACAAUCAGGAAAUAAAAUUUUGUUAAUACUUUA